AUGGGGGCCGACAUGUCCACGCCCGCCGCCGGUGCCGCGGGUACGAGCGCGGGACUCACCGAGGAGCAGCUCCGGGAGCGGGGGAUCGCGAAGAUGGACCAGGAGAUGCGCCGAAAGUUCGCCAGGGGGGGCAAGUUCAACUUCAAGAUCGUCCUGCGCGGCGAUUCCUCCACGGGCAAGUCCACGCUGCUGCGCAGGCUCCGCGGGGGCACGUUCCAACCCGACUACAACCCGACGCCGGAGAUCCGCACCGCUCACGUCCAGUGGCAGGCGCGGUCCAAUCCCGAGGACAACAUCAUGCUUGAGGUCUGGGACGUCAUCGACAAGGCGUCGAAGCGCGCGAUAUCGGAAUCGCUCACGCUCGCGCACAACGUCGACGAGACGGCGGAGGGGAGGCACACGUUCCCGCUGGACGCGACGAUGGUGGACGUGUACCACGGGUGCCACGCGGCCAUCUUCCUCAUCGACCCCUCGAAGAAGUGGACGUACGAGUACGUGCAGCGCGAGCUCGCGACGGUGCCCGAGCACAUCCCCACGUGCGUCGUCCUGAACUUCAGGGACUACCCGGCGUCCAAGCGCCUGAUCCGCCUCGAGGAGGUGGAGGCGGACAUGGAGUACUCGUUCGGUAAGCGGCCUUUCCGGCCGUUCGUCAUGGAGGCGUCGCUCUUGAACUGCUACGGCCUGCAGGCGCUGUCCACGUUCCUGCACAUCCCUUUCCUGUGCCUCAAGCGCGCCAGCUUAGAGCAGGCCAUGCAGCUCAACACGCACGCCAUCGUGCAGGCUCAGGAGGCGAUGAAGACGGUGCGGGGCAACAGCUACGACGCGUACGAGCGCAAGAUCGACGCCGCGACCGGCGGGAGUAACGUGAGUAACGCGCUGGGCGAGGCGGCUAGCGCGGGCACUCCGGGUCAGCCCCCGGCGCGGCAGAGUCACGCCGCGCCCCCCACUGCGAAAGAGGCGGCGAUCACGUGGGAAAAGCUGAGCAACACGACGCUGGGCGAGGCGCCGUUGCUGAUCGGCGGCGCCGCGAUCGGGGCGGCCGUGACCGGGGUGACCGCGGUGGCGAACCUGACGCCCGCGCAGAUUGCCGAAAACGUUAAAUCAGUCGCCAGCGUCGGCAACGUCGCCAAGGCGAUCGGUCUGGGCCCCAAGGAGAAGAAGGGUCACUACGUGGACGAACCCGUGGAGAAGGUGGCGCCUCAGUUCUCGCACCUCACCGGUCGGGGCGGCGCGGCGGCGGCGGCGUUUGGCGGGCGGGAGAUUGACGACGACGACGACGGCGCGCCGAACUCGUUAACCCCGGAUGUGCGGGGGGGCGAGGAGAUGGACGACUUCUUCGAGGGCGACACGCCGAGGAAAGGCGGUAAAAGCGGCGAUUCAUCUUCCGACGAAGACAGCGACAGCCCUCGAAGAAGGGACUGGGACAGCGACGGCGGUGGUGACGGCUCCAAGGUUCAGGUUCGGUGGCGGUCAGACGACGACGACAGCUCCGAGGACGACGGACCGAAUCCCGAGAGCGACGAGUCGGACGACGAUCCCUUGCCCUUACCCAGCAAGGACGACCCGUUCUUCGGAAGCGGUAAGAGCGCCGCGCCGACGAACGUGCACAUCCUCGGCUCGAACCCCGCGAGUUCCAUGGACCUCGACCCGAGCACCAUCGCCGCCUCCUUCGGGUCGCCCGCGGGUGGCGGUGACGAGUACGAAGCCGUCGGCGACGACGCCGACGCGUUGGAGAAGGAGUUUGCGGGGUUGAACGGGGUUACGUUCUCCGGUGACAGCGACAGCGACGGGUCCGGCCGGCGUAAGAAGAAGGGCUCGUCGCACAAGAAGAGUAAGAAGAGUAAGAAGGAGAAGAAGGGGAAGAAGGAGAAGCCCAAGAUGAAGGAUUGGGACGAGUCCGAGAGCGACUGA